UUGUACUUGUAACGCCAUGAAGCCUACAACUAUUGCACUCAUUUCGUCUGCCAUUUUGGCUACUUUUGGCAUUGGCUACCUUGUCUAUUUUGAUCAAAAGCGUAGAACUGACCCCAACUUCAAAAAGCAAUUGAAGCGUGAGCGUAAGAAGGCUUCCAAGGCUGUAAAGGUGAGCCAAGAAAAAGAAUUAGUUACUGUCGAGGCACUUGUAAAAAACGUGAUGGAAAUUAUCAGCAAAGAAAACUUCCCCGAGACUGCUGAAGCCAAAGAAGCGUAUUUCAUGGAACAGGUUUCGAUGGGAGAAACACUCUGUGGUCAAGGUGAAGCCUAUUAUGAACAAAGUGUUGAGCCCUUCUAUAAAGCGCUUCGUGUCUACCCUGCUCCCCUGGAACUUAUCAUGCUCUAUCAAAAGACUUUGCCCGAAAAGGUGUUCCGCAUUGUCGUGAAUAUCAUGGCCCUCGAGCAACAACAACGCCAAGCUGAGUUUUACAACCAUUUCCCUCCUCCUGAAUUAGGUGUCAAAUUCCAGGAAUUACCCGUCGAAUCAGAUAAACCUGUACGUGGAUUAACCGCUACUAAAGAUUUCACUGUCGAUGAUGUACUCUACACAGAAACUCCCUUCAUUGCUGCCCUUCACCCCCAGUUAGAGACUACACAUUGUAAUUACUGUAUGAGAGUAUUGGAUGAGGAAAACAAGGUCGAAUGUAGUAACUGUGAUCAAGUCGCAUUCUGCAGCACCCAAUGUGAACAAGCCGGAUCCCAAAACUACCAUGUCUUCAUGUGCACUAACAAUAAAUUGGAACCCUCAACUGUCGCUACCGAAUUUUCCAACUACACCAAAGCAACCAAUUUAAAAUACCCUCAAAUGAUUGCUCAGUUCUUAUCCAUCAUGGUGGCAGAUGAAGCCAAGAAAAACAAAGAUUCUGAAAAGGCAUCUACUUACACUGCUUGGGAUCAUAUCGAACGAUUCAAUGCGGGUAAGGAAUUGGUACCUACAGAGGAAUCAGCACACGAGAUUAAGUUGAUCAAGGCACUGUUGGCAUCCAAGGUGCCUGGUAUCGAUGAGUUUUUGUCGGAUGAUAUUUAUCUUUUGUUGAAGUCUAAAUUGAACAAAAAUUCAUAUGAAGUUCCUACCAAUGAAGAUAUUUUAAUAGAGAAAUCCAAUGAGCCUACUCGUGUUUUAUAUACAGAGAAACAAGGAUUAGGUAGCGCUAUUUACAAGAUCUCUUCCUACAUUGUGCCUUCUGAAUUAGAGGAAGCCAAUGUCUCAAUCUCUUAUGAUAAGACAAAUGUCAUCACAGUGACAGCGAUCAAGGAUAUCCAAAGCGGACAACAAAUCAAGGCGUUUUACCAAUAAACAAGUCCUCAGGAUAUUAAUAAUAAAGGUCCUUCAUUUUACGCUAUCAAGACAACUGGUCAUAUGUUUAUUUCGAAAUAGAUUGUGUUAGAUAUAUUACAUGUAGAGUGGUUCAUUAGCACAAAUAUUGUCGCACUAGGCAGUAACAUAUCAGACUAUAAGCCUAAGCUGAACCUUAGGAGGUGCUGU